AAACGACACGAUGAAGAUUGUCGUUGUGUUGCGGACGAGUGAUCAUACAAGCGAUAUUUUAUGCCUCGAAAAAUAUAAUUUUAUUUAAAGUCAAUAUUAAAUAUAUAAUAAAAAUAAAAAUCUAAAGUGUGUGAUCGGCGGCGCGGGAUUCCCGCUGAUAAAUGCCGCCGAUGGUUAAAAAAAUAAAUAAAAAAAAAGUUAAAAAGACAAAUUAAAUAAAUAAUAGACGAAUUUAAAUUGUCAUUGAAUUUUGUACUGUUAUCUUGGCUAUGGGCGAGGAUUCAUUAAUAUUACCGAUAAAUAAUCAUGUUAAUAAUUGCAAUAAUACACUGACAGUUAAUAAAAAAAAAUUAAAUAACAUAACAAAUAUAUUAUUAAUAAUAAAACGUAAAUUUAAAUUAUUUAAUUUAGUGAUAUUUAUUAUAAUAAUAAGUGUACUUAUAUUUGGCCUAAUUUUACCAAAAUUAUAUGUUAAAAAAAUAAUGCAGCAUAAAGUUAAUUCAAGUUUUAGUGAUAGUGUACUUGAGGAUUUUACUGAAGGCUAUUCACAUCAAGUUCUUGAUGAGUAUCAUGAUCUUGAUGAUCUUGAUAAUAUCAAAAAAAGUAUUGUUCAAGCUCUUGGUCUUAAAAUGAUACCUGAUCCUUCCAAGGCAAACGUGAGCCAGACAGAGUAUGAAAGAGCUCACGGCGAGUACCUGAGACGACUGCAAAUGUCGAGGGCAUUUGGUGACAAAAAAAAAAGAAAACUUCACACAUUUAUUGCCACAGAUAUUAAGAAAAACAUAAAACGACAAAAACGUGAUAUUUUUUAUGACACAGAUGAAAUUCAUGAAUUAUAUUUACCACUAAAUAUAAAAAAUGAUGAUGCAGAAGUUGAACAUGCAAAUAUGCGUUUUUUACUUGAUACAAAUAUAAAAAAUAACGAUGUAAAAAUAAUAAUAAAUAGUAUUGAAAAUGAUAAAUUAAAUGAAGUGGUAAUUGAUGAAAUAUUAUCAAAUUUUACUGGACCAAGAUGGAUUGAAUUUGACAUAACAAGUAUCGUUAAAUUAUGGCAUGAUAAUACAACAAUAAAUAAUGGCCUAGAAAUAAUAAUAUCAAAUAAUAAUAUAAAUAAUGAAAAUAUAAUAAAUAAUGCAUAUUUAAAUGUAUUUACUGUUAAUGAAUAUAAUAUUAAUAAUAAGCGUAAACGUAGAUCACCAGGUGAUAAAUUUAUGUCACAUAAUCAUCGUUCACGUAAAAGUGAAUGUCAUGGUAAUAAUAAAAAAUGUUGUCGUCAUGAAAUGACUGUUAUAUUUAAAGAUUUAAAAGGUUUUGAAUUUAUUGUACAACCAAAGAGUUUUGAUGCUGGUUAUUGCAAAGGUAGAUGUCCACCAAGAUAUAAUCCAGCUCAUCAUCAUGCUGUAUUACAAAGUUUAAUAUGGAAAGAUAAUCGUGGCAAAGUACCAAGGCCAUGUUGUGCACCAAAUAAAUUAACUGAACUUGAAAUAUUAUUUAUUGAUGAUAAUGAUUCAACUAAACUUAAAAUAUCUAGUUGGAAAAAUAUGAAAGUACUUGAGUGUGCUUGUUCUUAAAAUUGUUAAAUAAAAUUUUAUAUAAAAAAAAAAA